AUGGUGGAUACCAACAAUUGCCUUGCAAAAGUUUUUAGGAGGGUUCGAGAUCGGUACGAGGCAAACUCUGAGGAAGAUUUUACAAUCAGUCUCAUAUCUGAUAAAGGGAAAGGCAAACAAUAUGACUUACCCCAAUCAUCUGAGGUUGUUGGACUAAUUGUCGGCGAAAUGGCAGACACUAUAUGUGAGAGAGAUAUAGUCGUCAAGUUUCAGUCAACUAAUUUGACGGAGAUACGAGAUGAUCAUCCCCUAUACAUGAGCCUCCAGUACCCACUUCUGUUUCCUUAUGGUGAGUAUGGUUUCAAUACCGAAAUCCCGUUGCAUUUAGAGGAAGGAAGCUCGAGGACAAGAAAAUUUGUCAGUAUACGGCAAUUUUAUGCCUCUCAAAUACAAACUCGGUUAAAAGAAGGAAUGACACUCAUUAAGUCUGGGCGCCUCCUCCACCAAUAUGUGGUCGAUGUAUAUUCUUCAAUCGAGGAAGAUCGUCUUCGAUGGCAUAGGCUCAAUCAAGACGUUCUGAGGGCUGAAUUAUACAGUAAUGUUUGUGAUGCAGUCGGAAAAGGUGACACCGAUGCAAGGACGGUUGGUAAGAGGUUUAUUCUACCACCGAGUUUUACUGGUGGGCCCCGUUAUCUGAUUGAGAAAUAUCAUGACGCAAUGGCCAUAUGCAGACAGUUUGGGAAUCCAGAUUUGUUCAUCACCAUGACGGCAAACCCAAAUUGGAAAGAGAUAAAAGACCAUCUAGCAGCAUACGGCGGUGAUAGCCCGAAUGACAGACCAGACAUUGAGUGCCGAGUUUUCAAAAUGAAACUAGACCAGCUGCUAGAUGAUUUUAAGAAGGGUACAUUCUUCGCCCCAUACACCGCAGCUCUUCAUAGGAUUGAGUUCCAAAAAAGAGGUCUUCCCCACGCACAUAUUUUGUUGUGGUUUGGAGACCACUCUAGGACACCCAGCCCAGAAGAAAUCGACAAGAUUAUUUCGGCCGAGCUUCCGGACAAACAGAAAGACCCCGAAGCCUAUGAAUUGGUUGCAAAGCACAUGAUCCAUGGGCCAUGUGGACUCGAUAGACCUCGAUCACCAUGUAUGGAGAAUCAUGUAUGUGCGAAGAAAUUUCCCCGCCCAUUUACUGAGUCUACAUCAAUUGAUAAGUCUGGGUACAUAAUAUAUCGUCGCCGGAAAAACGAAAAUGCAAAAGUUUUAAAGGAUGGAAUUCUUCUAGACAAUGCUUCGGUCAUCCCUUAUAACAUAGAAAUCCUGAAGAAGUAUGCAGCUCAUAUAAACGUGGAAUGGUGCAAUCGGACAUCCGCUAUCAAAUACCUUUUCAAAUACAUCACAAAAGGAGUCGACAGGGCGACAGUUCUGGUUGAGAAAGGCCCCGACCCACCGACAUCCGAGAAUGGAAGCGACCCCCAGACAUCCGAGAAAGGCAAGGAAAAGGUCAAGAAAGCAAGGAAUGAGAUAAAAGAGUAUCAGGACUGUCGAUACUUAUCCGCUUGCGAAUCCAUGUGGAGGACUUUCGCUUAUUCUAUACAUAAACGCCAACCAUCCGUCAUGAAGUUGGUUAUCCAUCUGGAAGGUGAACAUAAUAUCACUAUCAAAGAUACAGAUAACCUAGGAAGAGUUAUACAGAAGCCAGGCAUCGAAAAGACUAUGUUCACCGAGUGGAUGGUUCUGUGCAGAACAUCCGCGUUCGCACGCACCUUAACGUAUGUCCAGAUUCCUGAGUUCUUCACAUGGAACAAUAGCUCAAAAGUCUGGUCAGAGCGAAAGAGAGGCACUUCAAUUGGUCGGGUUGUUACUGUACAUCCCGCUUCAGGGGAUCGAUACUAUUUGAGGAUACUGAUAAACAAAGUGAAGGGCCCGAGAAGUUACACAGAGCUUAGAACUUUCAACGGUGUCACAUAUCCCGAUUUCAAAAGCACCUGCUGCGCACGAGGUCUUCUCGCUAACGAUGCUGAAUGGCACGAAAGUAUGGCCGAACUCAACACAUGGGGUACACCUUCUCAGCUAAGAGAAAUGUUUGUCACGUUACUUAUCUACUGUCAUGUUGCUAACCCUAAGGAAUUGUGGGAUAAGUGCUGGAAAACCCUGAGUGAGGACAUCCUCUACAAGAAACGUAAGGAAUUCAAACACCCGCAGCUAGAAAUAGAUGAUGCUAAGCUCGAGCAGUAUACAUUACUUGAACUCGAGAAGGCUUUGCGGAACCAAGAACACACCCUUACUGAUUUUCCAGGAAUGCCUACUCCUGAUCCUCUCCUACUUAAAGAGCUAGGUAAUACUUUGUGGCAGCAAGAGCUACAGUAUAAUGUCGCCGAGGAGAAAAGUAGACAUGACACCCAGUACACGUUGCUCAACCGUGAACAAUUGGACGUCUAUCAGGCUAUUAUCGAGUCGACUCAAGAAGACUACGGGAAGCUAUUUUUUGUCUACGGGGCUGGAGGCACAGGCAAAACAUUUUUAUACCAGACAAUCAUUUCGAGACUACGGUCAGAGAAAAAGAUAGUCCUUCCCGUUGCUUCAUCUGGAAUAGCAGCCCUACUCCUACCAGGCGGCAGGACUGCCCACUCCCGUUUCAAUAUCCCAAUCGAUCUAAAGGCCACAUCCACCUGCCACAUUACACCUGGAACUAUGCUCGCAGAGUUAAUAGAAAAGGCAGCUCUAAUCAUAUGGGAUGAGGCACCUAUGACACACCGGCAUGCUUUCGAAGCCCUCGAUAAGUCCUUAAGAGACAUUCUUUCUUUACAUGAUCCCAAAGCCAAAACUCUCCCAUUCGGCGGAAAAACUGUUCUCCUAGGAGGUGAUUUCAGACAGAUCUUACCAGUCAUCCCACAAGGCACCAGAGCUGAAAUUGUCUCUGCCUCCAUAAGUCAUUCAUAUUUAUGGGGAUCAUGCCACAAAUUCACCCUCCAGAAGAAUAUGCGCCUAAGCGAAGAUGAGAAAGAAUUCUCCAACUACGUCCUCAGAGUUGGCGAUGGGAACCCCCUACCUACUGAGGUCAAUGAAUUUGAUGAAGAUGAAGAAGAUCAGCUCAUUUCUAUUGACCGAACGUUGGUCGAGGAGGUCAGCUCAGAUCCUCACAAACAAAUUCUAGAAGCUACUUACGGGCGAACUGACCAGUGGAAAGGAACCAAACAAGACUAUACAGAAAGAGCUAUCCUCACACCAAGGAACGAAACGGUGGAUGAGAUCAAUGAAUACAUGAUAUCUGAAGCUGACGGUGUUUCAAAGGAAUAUCUCAGUUCCGAUAGCUUCGGUAUAAUCGACACCGACUCUGCGAACAACGAGACAUUGUACCCAGUAGAGUAUUUAAACUCCCUGAGCUUUCCAGGCCUGCCUGCACAUAAGCUUACAUUGAAAGUGGGUGCCCCUUUCAUGCUCCUAAGGAAUUUAAAUCAGAAGAAGGGGUUAUGCAACGGAACACGUCUGAUUGUCACUUACCUAGGUGAUCGUGUUAUUAGAGGUGAAAUAGUUACAGGCUCCCAUAUUGGACAUAAAGUGGACCUUCCAAGAAUCAUACUAUCAGAAUCAGUAACUAAACAUCCGUUCACUCUAGAAAGGCGGCAAUUUCCGAUCAGGCUAUGUUACGCAAUGACAAUUAACAAAAGUCAGGGUCAGAGUUUGAAAGGUGUCGUGCUGUAUUUGUCCAAGCCUGUUUUCACCCAUGGGCAGCUCUAUGUUGGUCUUUCCCGAGUUACUACCAAGUCAGGCCUCAAAAUUAUACAAGGAAAGGAUCAAAAGAUAGGAAGGGUCAAAAACAUUGUCUACAAAGAAAUAUACAACGGUUUACCAGAAUCAAUAUCCGAUGAUCACCCAGAGCAGGCUUCCCGGAAUCUUCAACAACUUUCUAUACCAUAA